UCUUUCGGAAGCUCUUAAGGAAAAUGUAUAUUGCUAAUACUUUUAUGGGAGAUGUCCUGGAUCGAUAAGCAUCUCUGUGACCCGGGUAACUCCCUAUAGAUGGUGGAGGCAGAAGAAAAAGGAUAUGGUACUAGGCUGUGAGAAAGUGAAAAGGGAUGUGUGUAUCCCCAAGUGUUAUUGAAUAUUAAUGUGAUGAUAGUGAUCUGACUUUGUACGAGAGAAUGGCCUCUAAACUCCAAUCACGUAUUAUCUCGUUGGGCUGUGCCACUAUAAUUAAAAUCAUCGAUGAUUUACAGUGUAUUAAAUCCAUUUGGUAACCAUGCCAACGCGCCCAAAUCACCAUCCAGGAGCGCAUCUGUUCGCGCGUCUAUUGAGGCAAGAGUCCUUUGUCCUCAGCUCUUGCUGUUUUUUUCACCACCCUCUCCCUUUUUUUUAGCAAUUUUCCUAGUGAUUACUGGGCCCUUUUCCAUCUGGCCAGAUCUCAUUGAUUUGUCCUUCUCGGGGGACUUUAUGGCUUUGGGAUCCUUGGGGGAAUUUUUUUGCCGGAGAUUCUGUGUCCGGUGAUAGAGGGAUUUUUAUCAAAUUUCCUGAACCUUUUCAGGUCAAAGAUUGUGGGUAUAUUUUUUUAUCUAUGGUGUCGUGGGAUUUUUCCUCGGCAUUAAUUUGUGCUGUGUGGCUUCAAAAAGGAAAUCUCCUGGUCAGAGAGGGGGUAAAAGUGUGCGAGAGCGAGCAAGUAGGGAUGUUUUUUUUUUGCCGGGGUUGAUGAGGAGUCAGACGAAGGGAUUCUUUCACUGUUACUUUACAUAGAGAGAUGCUUAUGUACAGAGAGCGAGAGAAUUGUGGCAGAAGCGAAUUGGGGUGAAAUCUCGAGGGCGUCUCACUGUCUGAGUGAAUCCUGCUCCUGUGCAGAUUCAAUGUCUCUGUAUUUGUGGUUGAAUUGGUCCUGUGAAUCAUAAUCAAUGAGAGUGCCAAAACAAUUUUCCUGAGACGCUCAGAGUGAAAAAGAGAGUUGAUUUCCAGGAUCUAUGGACACGCAUCAGCCCUAUAAUUUCCAUUUGGGCGCACCAGCGCUACCCGCGGUGGCAGAACCAAGUGGGAGUCCCCCUCAGAGUGUUCCAGGACGAAGGACUCCUUUGGGUGCUGUUGGAUUGGGCGGAUUCUAUGCUCAUGGCUCUCAUCCUGGCUCGUCAAUGCACCAGCAGCAGAAUGCGGAUGAAAAUCGACCAAGUGGAACUUCUGAGAGGGGAUCCAGUGGGAUUCCCGGACCGCCUGGACCACCGGGCGCCAAGCCCAAGAAUCGACAGGGAAAGACUGUCCGUCUGAACAUCAAUGCCAGAGAACGCCGAAGAAUGCACGAUUUGAACGAUGCUCUGGAUGAACUUCGCAGUGUUAUUCCAUACGCCCAUUCGCCUUCUGUGAGAAAGCUGUCCAAGAUUGCCACUCUACUGCUAGCCAAGAACUACAUCCUGAUGCAGCAAAAUGCCCUGGAGGAGAUGCGUCGCCUUCUGGCCUACAUUCAGAGUACCACAGGAGCAGCUCCACUCGAUUUGGCCUCUUUUCCAGCUGCUGCUAAGCUUCAGCAGUUGCUCCAGAAUCCCCCAGAGCAACCCAACUAGUCUCGAGUUCUCUUCUCAACAUUGCUCCUUCGUCAAAGUAUUUCUAGUCAUUUUACUUUUGUGGAAUUUUCUUUUUGUGGCGUAUUAAAGACAUUUUAGAAAAU